AUGUUCCCUGUGUCUGCUCUCCUCCUCGGGCUCGCUCACCUCACCACUUCGAAGCCUCUCUCUUCUAAGUGCCGGGAUGACUUCGAGGUGAAGCAUGCUUGGGCCGAGAUCCCCCGUGGAUGGACACUCCACGCUCCUGCUCCCGCGGACUACAUGUUCGACAUGCGCAUCGGUCUUCGGCAGAACAGGUUUGACGAGCUUGUCUCGGCGCUGUACGAAGUCAGCGAUCCUGCUCAUUCCAGAUACGGUCAGCACCUUUCCAUGGAGCAAGUCCACGAGCUUGUCGCCCCCCACCGCGACACCGUCGACCUCGUCGAGGCCUGGCUCGCCGCCCACGAUCUCGACUCCGACUCCGCCCAGCGCUCGCCUGCAGGCGAGUGGAUCACGAUCCGCGUCUCCGUCGCGCAGGCGGAGAUGAUGCUCGGGAACGAGUACAACAUCUUCCGCCAUGGCGAGAGUGAGGAAUACGUCAUCCGCGCGAUGAACUACUCGCUGCCCGCCUCGCUCUUCGGCCACGUCGACCUCGUUGCGCCUACGACCUACUUCGGGACGAUGAAGAGCAUGCGCGCCACCAGCCACAUCAACCUCAACGCGCCUACGAUUAACAGCGACGUCAACGUUGCCAGCCUCCUGGCCAGCGCGAGCUCCCUCGCCACGGUGUCCUCCGGCUGCUCGAGCACGAUCACCCCCACCUGCUUGCGUGCGCUGUACAACACCGCUUCCUAUGUCCCUCAGGCGACGGACAGGAACACUCUCGGUGUCGUCGGCUACCUCAACGAGUUCGCAAACCGUGUCGAUCUCCAAACAUUCUUCUCACGCUUCCGUUCCGAUGCCGUUGGUUCAACGUUCACGACUGUUCUUGUCAACGGAGGUGGUGACGACCAGUCCACCCCUGGUGUUGAGGCCAACCUCGACAUACAGUACACCGAGGGUAUCUCCUUCCCCACCCCGAACAUCUACUACAGCACUGGCGGAUCCCCUCGGUUCACUCCUGACGGCAACACCCCCACGAAUACCAACGAACCUUACCUCGACUGGCUCAACUUCAUCCUUGCCAGUGGGAAAAUCCCUCAGACUUUCACCACCUCCUACGGCGACGACGAGCAGACUGUGCCCGAAGACUAUGCCUUGCAGGUGUGCGGUCUCUUCGCGCGGCUCGGCGCCCGUGGUAGCUCUGUGAUGUUCAGCUCUGGCGACAACGGUGUCGGUGGCGGCAAUUGCCUUUCCAACGACGGCACCAAAACCAAGAAGUUCCUCCCCAACUUCCCUGCGUCGUGCCCCUUCGUCACCACCGUUGGCGGUACGAUCGGAGUUAGCCCCGAGGUUGCCGUGAGCUUCUCUGGUGGAGGCUUCUCGAACUACUUCACGCAGCCCACUUACCAGUCCGCUGCCGUCUCGACAUUCCUGAAUAGCCUCGGAUCCAAAAACUCUGGCCUCUUCAACAAGACUGGUCGUGCCUACCCUGAUGUAGCGGCUCAGGGUGAGAACUUCCAGGUUGUCAUCGGUGGCAGUACGACCUCCGUCGGCGGCACUUCAGCCUCCUCACCCACGUUCGCCGCCGUGAUCUCCCUCCUGAACGACUUCCGCCUCUCACAGGGCAAGUCCCCGCUCGGCUUCCUGAACCCGCUCAUCUACUCGACCGGCGCCGCGGGUUUCAACGACAUCACCUCGGGCUCGAACCCGGGUUGUGGCACGAACGGUUUCACCGCACGUGCAGGUUGGGAUCCCGUCACCGGCUUGGGCACGCCCGACUUCCUCAGGCUCCAGGCACUGAUUGGGUGA